AUGGACUACCCGAAGACUAAGAGCUUCAGUCGCAAUGCUCUCAGCCAGCUUCUUCCCCUCGAUACAGAAUCCUUGAAUGAAAUCAUUGACUAUACUUUGCAUCUUGGAUCUCCACAUGCUAUUGAGUCACACUUGCUUGACAUACUUGGAACAUCCGAUGAGAGUCUCCUGUUUGUGACUCAAUUUUUGAAGCUCAAGCAAGAGGAAGACGACGCUUACGCCAAGAAGACCUCGAAGCAGCGUAUGCUGCUAACAAAAAAGCCUGCUAUUUCUAAUCAACCAGUUACAAAGAAGUCUCCAGCUUGGAAAGUGGACUCAACAGAAAGUCAACCAUCACGUAAACCCCUAACUCGAGUUGACCCCAAGAAAACAGCUUCAACAACUUCACAAUUGAUGAAUGAGCCUCACAUGGUGCUUAACGCUAAACAAGCCAAAAGAGGUAAACGAAAAAAUAUGGACAAUUUGAAGGACAUUGAGGCUGCUCUCCAAGACCUUGAACUUGCAGAAGCACAGAAUCAAGCCAAUCGAAAAUGCGAUUGCAUGGGCCAACGCCACCCCCUUUUUGAUGUUGUACCAAACUGUCUCAAUUGCGGUAAAAUUAUCUGUGUUAAGGAAGGCUUGCAGCCGUGUCUGUUCUGUGGUCAACAAUUGCUACCUGAGACCGACCGCGAAGAGAUACGACUGAUACUUUUGAAAGAACGAGACACAUUAGAGCAUAAUAAAGAGCUUUUAGCUGAACGGAAAUUGCCCUCACAAUCACCACCUCCGGUGAAAGAGAAAAAGAAGAAGAUUACGGUUAGGCUGAGCGCUGGUAAAUUUUGGGAUGAGCAGAAGGAAGCCUUGGCUGCCUUGGAGGAUGAGAAGAAGCGACAAAAACAAGAGCAGCUCCAGAAAGAGAUGCACGAAAAAGAGGUUAAAGAGCAAGAAGAAGAGCUCAAGAAGUACGAAAAAAUGAAGCGGAUCAACGAGAAACAUGAUAACGACCUUUUGGUGGCGCAACAAAGAUUGGAAACACUCUUGGACUUUCAAGCCACUGGUGCCGAGAGAACCAAAAUCAUUGAUAGAGCUGCUGAUUAUGACUUACCAACAAGUUCGAGCUCUAUGUGGCUUCUGCCAGUUGAGCGAGCACUUCAACUAAAACGCCAACAAAAACAAUUGCGAAAGCAAGAGUCGGCUGAGGAGUCUCGUAAAGGUAGGGGGAGAAGAGUUAUGGAGAUGGUAAUCGUCAAUGGGAAAGCUCAAAUGGUUGAAAAUACAACAUACCUGAAAUCCGAUGAUGAAGAGGACGAAAAUUCUAUCCAAGAAUUGGAGAGCAAAAUAAAUGUUUCCAAGUUGGCAGAGGAAGCCGAUCAGCUGAAGCAGGUUUGGAAUUAUGAAUUAGAUGCUGCCAAAUGGGAGAAACCAGUGUAUAUGGGAAACCAACAGAGUGGCACCUUGGUGGAUACUGCCCCACCGUCCCGACUUCAGGUUAGCAAGGGCGGGGACGAAAUGGAUUUGGUUGUUGCGUUACCUUGA